GCAGCAGCAGCAGCAGCGUUUUCCGGCCCGCCGUCGUUCCUGAAAACUCUCUGGGUUUCAUUUUCGAGGCUCAGCAGCUGCUGCUGCCAUGCUGGGGGGAGGCGGAAGCUGCUCAGCCCCACGCUGGGGCCCUGCAGUGGAGCCUCCAGGCCUUCCCUUUCCAGAGGUCGGGAGCCACAACGUGCGGAAGAUCCGGAUGAUCCGGGGGCUCCCUCGCUGGCAGCAGCAGGCAGGGCUGGCCCAGGACACCUUCCCGGCGUGCAGGAGGGAGCUGUGUGCGCUCCCUAUGGAGAUCCGACGCGCUUUGCCCCAGGACGUCCGGGAGCUGCUGCACUACUUGAAGAUGAAGAGCAAGUACGCCGUCCUGCUGGUCUUCGUCAUCAGCCUCGUCAUCAUCGAGAAGGAGAACAACUUCAUCUCCAGGGUGUCGGACAGGCUGAAGCAGUCCCCGCAGGCUCUGGCGGAGGCCAACAGCACGGAGCUCAGCCCAGCAGCGGCCAAGAACGGCUCGCUGGCCUCGCUGCAGGAGCUGGACGCUGCCUUCUCCCAGCUGAGGUCCCACCUGUACAACAUCACCCUGCAGCUGGCAGGCGACCCCGGGGACCCCGGGCCACGGCGGCACGUCCUGCUGAUGGCCACCACCCGCACCGGCUCCUCCUUCGUCGGCGAGUUCUUCAACCAGCAGGGCAGCAUCUUCUACCUCUUUGAGCCCCUCUGGCACGUCGAGAAGACGGUGAACUUCCUGCCGGGGGGAGCCAGCGCAGUGGGCUCGGCCUUGGUUUACCGAGACGUCCUCAAGCAGCUCCUCCUCUGCGACCUCUACAUCCUAGAGAACUUCAUCUCCCCGGUUCCCGAGGGCCACCUGACGCCCUUCUUGUUCCGGCGGGGCUCCAGCCACUCGCUGUGCGAGGAGCCCGUCUGCACGCCCAGCACCAAGAAGGUCUUUGAGAAGUACUACUGCAAGAACCGCCGCUGCGGCCCCCUCAACAUCACGCUGGCGGCCGAGGCGUGCCGGCGCAAGCAGCACGUGGCGCUGAAGACGGUGCGCAUCCGGCAGCUGGAGUUCCUGCAGCCGCUGGUGGAGGACCCCCGGCUGGACCUGCGCAUCAUCCAGCUGGUGCGCGACCCCCGCGCCGUCCUGGCCUCGCGCAUGGUGGCCUUCUCGGGCAAGUACGAGACCUGGAAGAAGUGGGCGUCCGAAGGGGAGGCCCCGCUGCACGAGGAGGAGGUGCAGCGGCUGCGGGGCAACUGCGAGAGCAUCCGCGUGUCGGCGGAGCUGGGGCUGCGGCGGCCGCGCUGGCUGCGGGGCCGCUACAUGCUGGUGCGCUACGAGGACGUGGCGCGGGCGCCGCUGCAGAAGGCGCGGGAGAUGUUCCGCUUCGCCGGGCUGCCGCUCACCCGCCAGGUGGAGGAGUGGAUCGGCAAGAACACGCAGGCUCCCCCCGACGGCAACGGCGUCUACUCCACGUGCAAGAACUCCUCGGAGCAGUUCGACAAGUGGCGCUUCGGCAUGCCCUUCAAGCUGGCGCAGGUGGUGCAGGACGCCUGCGGCCCGGCCAUGCGGCUCUUUGGCUACAAGCUGGCCAGCGGCCCCGCGGCGCUGGCCAACCGCUCCUUCAGCCUGCUGGAGGAGGCACCGCCCGCGUGGGUCACGUAGCAGGACGGGGGCGCGGUGGCGGGGCGGAACGAGGGGCUGCGGCCGUGCUCCCGGCCGGUCCGGAGGCGACCUGGGCGUCCCUGCUCUCAAAAAUGCUCCAGGUGGCAGCCCCAGGAGCCGGAGCGUCUUGGCAGAGCUGGCCCCGGGGUCCUGCGGAGCCUGAAUUGCUCAGUUUCUCCGGGAAUGGGGAAAUGGUGAGGGUGAGGGGAGGUGGGGUCGGCAACAGGGCCACCUGCCCAGCUCGGGAGCUGCACUGAGGAGGAGGAGGAGGGUGAUGGCAAGCAGAGGGGGACAGGACCAAGCACCUCUGCCUUGCCACCCCCCAUGCCAGCUGGGACGGGGCAAGGACAAAAUCCCUGUGGUGUCAGCAAGCGCCCAGAGACCUUCUUGGUUUAGUGCCUUCAUUCACCAGCAGAGAGUGGAAACUGCCCACAGAGCCCUGGAUGGCUCUUGGGCUACGACAAAAUGAGGUGACUAUGGUUUGGUGCUCUUCAAACUUGGUUUUGGAGGUUUGGGUUUAUUUCCUUUUUUCCCUGUGUAUUUGCAUACCGGGUGAAUUUAUUUAUUUAUUAUAAUGUGAAAAGGAGGGGGAAGCUGGUGAAGGAGCUAAGCCCAAAAAUCAGAGCAGCACAACGUGCCACAAAGGGAGACACCCAGAACAGAGGUCACAUUUUAGCUGGAGACCACCGCGUGUCCUUCUGUAUGAUCUCGGGAGAGCCCCCGGGGACUGAUGGGCUGUAACCCUCCCAGCCCCCGUGUGGCAGUGACCACGAACUUCUGAGGAGGUGCUGAAAGAUGGCCAGACUUAUCUGAUCAAAAACAAAGCCACAGCACAGAGUCCCCUGUCUCCUCAGUAUUUGUGGGUGUCCCCUGCCCGGGGGAGCCCCACAAACAAGUGCUAACAGCACUGAUGGGUGGCCAAACCCGGUAGAGGCCCAGGGAGUUCCAGGGUGUUUGCCGUUUGCAGAUGUUGACCCAGCGCCAAGCUGCUCCCUCCAAUUCACAUUUCAUGAAUUAAAAUGCCUAUUUUUA